CCGACAUGGGCAACUUGAAGAGCGUGGGCCAGGAGCCUGGGCCACCCUGCGGCCUGGGACUGGGGCUGGGCCUCGGGCUGUGCGGCAAACAGGGCCCAGCUUCUCCAGUAUCAGAGCCCAGCCGAGCACCAGCAUCCCCACCCCCACCCCCACCGGCACCAGACCACAGUCCCCCACUAACCAGGCCCCCGGAGGGACCCAAGUUCCCACGAGUGAAGAACUGGGAGAUGGGCAGCAUCACCUAUGACACCCUCAGUGCCCAGGCCCAGCAGGAUGGGCCCUGCACCCCAAGACGCUGCCUGGGCUCCCUUGUAUUUCCAAGGAAAGUACAGAGUCGACCCUCCCAGAGCCCUCCAUCCACUGAGCAGCUGCUGGGUCAGGCCAGGGACUUCAUCAACCAGUACUACAGCUCCAUCAAGAGGAGCGGCUCCCAGGCCCACGAGCAGCGGCUUCAGGAGGUGGAGGCUGAGGUGGCAGCCACGGGCACCUACCAGCUCCGGGAGAGUGAGCUGGUGUUCGGGGCCAAGCAAGCCUGGCGCAAUGCUCCCCGCUGUGUGGGCCGGAUCCAGUGGGGAAAGCUGCAGGUGUUUGAUGCCCGAGAUUGUAGGUCUGCCCAGGAAAUGUUCACCUACAUCUGCAAUCACAUCAAGUACGCCACCAACAAGGGCAACAUCCGCUCGGCCAUCACAGUGUUCCCCCAGCGCUCCCCAGGCCGCGGGGACUUCCGAAUCUGGAACAGCCAGCUGGUGCGUUAUGCUGGCUACAGGCAGCAGGAUGGCUCUGUGCGGGGGGACCCUGCCAACGUGGAGAUCACCGAGCUCUGCAUCCAGCAUGGCUGGACCCCAGGAAACAGUCGCUUCGAUGUGCUACCCUUGCUGCUCCAGGCCCCUGAUGAGCCCCCAGAACUCUUCACUCUGCCCCCCGAGCUGGUCCUCGAGGUGCCCCUAGAGCACCCCACGCUGGAGUGGUUCGCAGCCCUGGGCCUGCGCUGGUACGCUCUUCCUGCCGUGUCCAACAUGCUACUGGAGAUAGGAGGACUGGAGUUUCCCGCGGCCCCUUUCAGCGGCUGGUACAUGAGCUCUGAGAUCGGCAUGAGGAACCUCUGUGACCCUCACCGCUAUAACAUUCUGGAGGACGUGGCCGUCUGCAUGGACCUGGAUACCCGCACCACGUCAUCCCUCUGGAAAGACAAGGCAGCAGUGGAAAUUAACGUGGCUGUGCUGCACAGUUACCAGCUGGCCAAAGUGACCAUUGUGGACCACCAUGCKGCCACAGCCUCCUUCAUGAAGCACCUGGAGAAUGAGCAGAAGGCCAGGGGCGGGUGCCCUGCCGACUGGGCCUGGAUCGUACCCCCCAUCUCAGGCAGCCUCACUCCUGUCUUCCACCAAGAGAUGGUCAACUAUUUCUUAUCCCCUGCCUUCCGCUACCAGCCAGACCCCUGGAAGGGGAGUGCAGCCAAGGGCACUGGCAUCACCAGAAAGAAGACCUUCAAGGAGGUGGCCAAUGCGGUGAAGAUCUCUGCCUCGCUCAUGGGCACGGUGAUGGCGAAGCGUGUGAAGGCGACCAUCCUGUAUGGCUCCGAGACCGGCCGGGCCCAGAGCUAUGCACAGCAGCUGGGGAGGCUCUUCCGGAAGGCGUUUGACCCCCGGGUCCUGUGCAUGGAUGAAUAUGACGUGGUGUCCCUGGAGCACGAGACCCUGGUGUUGGUGGUGACCAGCACAUUUGGGAAUGGAGAUCCCCCAGAGAAUGGAGAGAGUUUUGCCGCAGCCCUGAUGGAGAUGUCCGGCCCCUACAACAGCUCCCCUCGGCCAGAGCAGCACAAGAGUUACAAAAUCCGCUUCAACAGUGUCUCCUGCUCAGACCCCCUCGUGUCCUCCUGGCGGCGGAAGAGGAAGGAGUCUAGCAACACAGACAGCGCAGGGGCCCUGGGCACCCUCAGGUUCUGUGUGUUCGGGCUGGGCUCCAGGGCAUACCCCCACUUCUGUGCCUUUGCUCGGGCGGUGGACACGAGGCUGGAGGAACUGGGUGGGGAACGGCUACUGCAGCUGGGCCAGGGCGACGAGCUGUGUGGCCAGGAGGAGGCCUUCCGCGGCUGGGCCCAGGCUGCUUUCCAGGCCUCCUGUGAGACCUUCUGUGUGGGGGAGGAUGCCAAGGCAGCGGCCCAGGAUAUAUUCAGCCCCAAGCGCAGCUGGAAGCGUCAGCGGUACCGGCUGAGUGCCCAGGCUGAGGGCCUGCAGCUGCUGCCAGGCCUGAUCCAUGUGCACAGGCGGAAAAUGUUCCAGGCCACAGUCCUCUCAGUGGAAAACCUGCAAAGCAGCAGAUCCACCCGGGCCACCAUCCUGGUGCGCCUUGACACUGGAGGCCAGGAGGGGCUGCAGUACCAGCCUGGGGACCAUAUAGGUGUGUGCCCACCCAACCGGCCUGGCCUCGUAGAGGCGCUAUUGAGCCGCGUGGAGGACCCGCCACCACCCAGCGAGCCUGUGGCAGUGGAGCAGCUGGAGAAGGGCAGCCCUGGUGGCCCUCCCCCGAGCUGGGUGCGGGACCCCCGGCUGCCCCCAUGCACGCUGCGCCAGGCUCUCACCUACUUCCUGGACAUCACUUCUCCACCCAGCCCUCGCCUCCUUCGAUUACUCAGCACUCUAGCCGAAGAGUCCAGCGAACAGCAGGAACUGGAGGCCCUCAGCCAGGACCCCCGGCGCUAUGAGGAGUGGAAGUGGUUCCGCUGUCCCACACUGCUGGAGGUCUUGGAGCAGUUCCCAUCAGUGGCACUGCCUGCGCCCCUGCUCCUCACCCAGCUGCCCCUGCUCCAGCCUCGGUACUACUCCGUCAGCUCAGCACCCAGCACCCACCCAGGAGAGAUCCACCUCACCGUAGCUGUGUUGGCAUACAGGACCCAGGAUGGGCUGGGCCCCUUACAUUAUGGAGUCUGCUCCACAUGGCUGAGCCAACUCAAGGCUGGAGACCUUGUGCCCUGCUUCAUCAGAGGGGCUCCCUCUUUCCGGCUACCACCUGAUCCCAGUCUGCCCUGCAUCCUGGUGGGCCCAGGCACUGGCAUUGCCCCCUUCAGGGGAUUCUGGCAGGAGCGGCUUCAUGACAUUGAGAGCAAAGGACUUCAGCCCGCCCCCAUGACUCUGGUAUUCGGCUGCCGAUGCUCCCAACUCGACCAUCUCUACCGCGACGAGGUGCAAGACGCCCAGCAGCGCGGGGUGUUUGGCCGCGUCCUCACCGCCUUCUCCCGGGAACCCGACAGCCCCAAGACCUACGUGCAGGACGUCCUGAGGACUGAGCUGGCUGCUGAGGUGCACCGCGUGCUGUGCCUCGAGAGGGGCCACAUGUUUGUCUGCGGCGACGUCACCAUGGCAACCAGCGUCCUGCAAACUGUGCAGCGAAUCCUAGCGACAGAGGGYGACAUGGAGCUGGACGAGGCGGGUGACGUCAUCGGCGUGCUGCGGGAUCAGCAACGCUACCACGAGGACAUUUUCGGGCUCACUCUUCGCACUCAAGAGGUGACAAGCCGCAUACGAACCCAGAGCUUUUCCCUGCAGGAGCGACAGCUGCGGGGCGCAGUGCCCUGGGCGUUUGACCCACCAGGCUCAGACACCCUCUACCCUUGAUGGCCCUCUGGUUUUCCACUCCAGUGCCCAAAGAGAGAGGCUGUCACACUACUGUGGGUUAACCAGAGCCAGCCACCUCCCCACACCUCUUAAAGGUGCCUUCUAGCACCUGUUGCAAGGCUGCAGAAAUCCAGCCUUAUUCCUCUGGGAAUAAGAAAAAUUCUUCCUUUCUCUCCAGAUUGGCUUCUGGCAGGAAUCUGCCUAACUUUGAAGGCCCCUGCCAGCAAUGGUAUUGGGGGGGGGGUGCUUACUGCUUCCCUGCCUUGGUGUGCUUUAGGUGAACUGUAGAUUACCCCUCCCCCUCAGGAAGGAGUGUCACCUUUAAAGUCUAAAUCAUUCAAAUAUUUAUUAUUGAAGAGUAUCAUGAGACUGAUGUUAUGAGAUCACCAUGCCAGAUGUUAUGAGAUGCCUAACCCAAUCCCUAUGGAUUACAAUUAUAAAAAGACAAGAUUUGUUUUAA